AGCUUCAGUCUCCGGUUGUAACCCAAAUUGAACGCACCUUAUCGACUCGAGUCUUAGAUUCCCAGAUCCCACGAUGUAUUCCGAUCCCGCCCAGGAUUCUGUGGCGACGCAGACGGAGGCGCAGCCGAAUCCCUCGCCGGUCUGCACACCACUGCUGAUGGUGGACGAGGAUGGACGGAAGCGGUACUGCUACCAUGGCGGAAAGUGCAAGUGCGGCACGUGCGCCAAAAUCCGGGAGCAGCAGGCGAUGCAACUGGACCAGGAGCUACUGGCCUACCUUCCGCACUCGAGACUGCAACUUGAAGUGCCGAUUCGAAUGGUCAAGCCGAAGCAGUACCGCCUGGAAGCCCGGAGAGCUGCUCCGGAACUCGCCAAGCAGCUGCGGGAGGACCACGAGAGGCUGAGGAAAGAGUACCCGAUCUACUACCUUCCGGAUCGGUACUUCGCCGACAAAUUCUGGGAGGUGCCAGGACCUCAGCACAAGCAGACCCAGACGGACAUCCCUAUCGGACGGUACGGCAUCGAUGGAUGUCCCUGUCCCGAAAAGACCCUCUGCUACGAUCUGUAGUCCUGGGUAGGAUUCGAUGGGAAAAUGGGGGAUUAAUAAAAAGUGCCAGGUGCGAAGAGUG